UAGCCGCGAGAAUUAACACGUAGUUUGGUAGCCCUGCUUUGUGGUUGCUGCCGAUCAUAGCUGAUGGAAUGUGUCGAAAUAUAACAUUUUACUGUUGACAGGUUCUCAUGGCGACGGAAAAGACAGAUAUUGUAGCGGCCAGGGUUAUAAAAGUGGAUCAGAUCAAAGAAGAGCCAGAAGAGAAGAAAGAAGACUAUUGCUGGAAUUCCAUUGCAAAAGAUGAACCCAAAGCCUUACAGCAUUCUGUCAAAGAAGAAGACGAUGUUGAUGAGGUGUUGGACCCUCCACUUGCUGUGUAUGUUCAGCCAAUGGAGGAGCAGCAAGGAGGCUGUAUUGAAGAGACGAAGGAUCCUCUUGCAUCCUGCUGUGAUGGUGCUUCUAUUGCCACAAUAAAACAAGAGAGCACUUUGUGUUCCCCAGUAGAUGAGAGUUAUUCAUCAGAGAAAACCACUAUCCAGACACAAGAAAACCAAAGUGCAGACUUGGUUUGCAUCCCUAGGAGUAGCUCCAGCAACUAUGACCACAAUAAUGCACACCACAAGGACGCGCUUCCAAACUCGACCAUGUAUAAAGGCAACCAUUUUAAGUGUUCCAUUUGCAGUAAGAUGUUCAGCAGAAAGGGGACGUUGCAUAGGCACGUGCGCACCCACACUGGUGAGAAACCUUUCCAGUGUUCCGUCUGUGAGAAGACCUUCACUUUAAAAGGGACCUUGAAUGAACAUAUGCGCACACACACUGGUGAGAAACCUUUCCACUGUUCUAUCUGUGAGAAGACCUUCAAUCAAAAAGGAACAUUGGAUAUGCACAUGCGCACCCACACUGGUGAGAAACCUUUCCAAUGUUCCGUUUGUGAGAAGACCUUCAACCAAAAAGGAAACUUGGAUAAACAUAUGCGCACUCACACUGGUGAGAAACCGUUCCAGUGUUCCAUCUGUGAGAAGACCUUUACUGUAAAAGGAACCUUGGAUAGGCACAUGCGCACCCACACUGGUGAGAAACCUUUCCAGUGUUCAGUCUGUGAGAAGACCUUUGCUGAAAAACAAAAUUUAAGUGAGCACAUGCGCACCCACACUGGUGAGAAACCUUUCCAGUGUUCUAUCUGCGAGAAGACCUUCACUGUAAAAGGGACCUUGAAUGAUCACAUGCGCAUCCACACUGGUGAGAAACCUUUCUACUGUUCCAUAUGUGAGAAGACGUUCAAUCGAAAACGAAUAUUGGAUAAGCACGUACUCACUCACACUGGUGAGAAACCUUUCCAGUGUUCCAUCUGUGAGAAGACCUUUGCAGUAAAAGGGACCUUGAAUGAGCACAUGCGCACUCACACUGGCGAGAAGCCUUUCCAGUGUUCCAUCUGUGGGAAGUUCUUCACUGUAAGAUCGAACUUGAAUGAGCACAUCCGCACUCACACUGGAGAGAAACCUUUCCGGUGUUCCAUCUGUGAGAAGACCUUCAUUCGAAGAGGAACAUUGAAUGAGCACAUGUGUACCCACACUGGUAAUAAACCAUUUCAGUGUAACGUCUGUGAGAAUACCUUCAAUCGAAAAGGAAGGUUGAAUGAGCAUAUGCGCACCCACACUGGUGAGAAACCUUUCCAGUGUUCCAUCUGUGAGAAGAUCUUCGCUCAAAAAGGAAGCUUGAAUGAGCACAUUCGCUCUCACACUGGUGAUAAACCGUUUCUGUUUUCUAAGAGGGCUCACUAAAUGGGCCAUUAGAAUAUUACUUCAUUUCGUGUAUUCCUGGUGAAAAACAAAAUUAUUAUAUUAUUGGUGAUUUUAAUAUAGUUAUUCUGAGGAAUAAUAAUAUUUUUCUUUGGUGUAUUAUUUCAUAAAUUUGGUUAUAUUUCGUAUAUUAAAGUACCGAUAGUAUGUGGGUCACAAUUUCUUGUAUUGAUUUCUUCGGCGAAGUUGAUAUAGGUAUGUUUCACCUGUUAUAAUAUAGAUUUGACUUGCCCUUUUGCCACAAUUCCUUUUCUUAAUAGUACUUUUAGAACACCUUAUAGCAUUAUAAAAAACCGUAUACAGAAUAAUAAAUGUCAAUUAACACAAAAUUUGAAAUAGCUGAUUGGAUUGGUGUUUCUGAAGAGGAUAACAUGAUGUUCCUCUAUCCGUUUUUCAUAAAUAGGAUACAAAAUGCAAUCAACUUAUCAAAAUUUGUAACUAUUUUCUCUCAUAAAAAUGUGUUAACGAAGAAACUGAUAAAUCUGUAUAAAAUGUAAAUCGCCUCUAUAACUUAACUAAAGAAUUGUGACUUGUUUGUCAUUUAUUAAAAAGCUAUAAAUUAUUACCAUGAACAUAUUCUCAUUAAGUAUCUGGUAAUGUUAAAACAUUUUCAGGAAUGUAUAAACCUUCGUGUGAGCAAUGAUCAGAUAAAUUACUUACACUAACGACAUAUGAUGAAAAUAAACUUAUUGAUAUUGACUCUAGUAUAGCUAAUGUUUUUAAUGUUUUGUGUAAUCGUUGGUUCAACCGUGACCCAGGAAUUUGAUUGCACUAGGAAAUGUAUAUCUCCAUAAUCAGUCCCCUGUUGGUUCUGUUAGUUACACCUACCUCUGGAAAGUAAAUAUUAUUUAUUAUUGAUAGCAUGUGUACUAAAAAGUCGGCUUGAGUAGAUGGUAUCUUGAUUGCCGUAAUUAAACGUUUGCCUGUUUUGUAAAUUUUAAUUUUAGUAAUUUUUCUAAAUGUGUGUAUUUAAAAUACGAUCCUAUCUUUAUUGUCAAAAUUUAAUAUCAUUAAUUCAUUUCCCGCCCACGGGAACUUGCCCUCAGCGACCCUAUGACCGCUGUGCCCUUAAACGAUGUUGAGGGGACUGUAUGAUUUUGUUUCGUGGAAAACAAGUCUAUAGUCAUGAGGUUUCUCAUAUGGUCGCAGAGUAUUCACAGAGUGCGUGUCUAGGACUACUUCCAAUUGCACAUUGGAAGGAGACAGGUAUUUUUACAACAAUACGUUUAUUUUUUACACAGCCACUGGCACAAUUAUACAAUUUACGUUAAUUGGGAUUGAGUUAUUUUUAGAAUACACUUCACUUGGCACAUGUGAUGUGCGCUGUGAUGAAGUAAAGUAAAUAACUGUGCUCAGUGAGAAUUUUAGGAGAGCAUUACUGAAUGUACUUCGAGAAAAGUUCUCCUAGUUUUCUGUCAAAUGUUUAAACUUUUUUUUUGUAAAAUUUCUUGCAAAUACAAUAUCAAGCAUGCUGACGUGAAAAUUUGGCCGAAUCACUGCCGAUAACGAAAAUAUUGGCAUGGGUAAAGCACUCACGAAAACUAGAUCUGGGGUUUACAGUGCAAUUAAGUCUUGUCCUCCUCCACUUUUAUAGAAGAUCGGGAUUUCACUUGCCUUGACAUAUUCGGUUCUCUUUCAUUUGGUGCGGCCGCAUGUCGUUCAGCGGUCAGGAAUAGUUUAUAUUAUAUGAUUUUUAUUACCAAAUCUAACAAGACAGUCUUCACUAUGCGAAUAUUGGCAAAGAGUGCAGCGUUGUUGUGUAUCUGUUAAACGUUUCGCUGCGUGUGCUACUGGUUUCCCAUUCUCGAGAACAACUGCGUCCAUUCCGUCCUUUGAACUAUCUACCGACAAAGUUAUCGGUUUCUUUUCAUUAUAGAAUUGUAAAACGGGACUGGUUGAAAGAACUUUUAACUGUAUGAAUUCUUUCUGGUGGGCGUAUGUCCACAGAUUGAGUAUAUACUUAGAUAAAUAUGUAAUCAUUCCCAAAAUUCUGCUGAGUUCCGCGACAUUCUUUGGUGUUGGUAUCUGUUCUAUUGCUUCCACUUUGUCAAUAUCAGCUUUAAUACCAUCGACAGAAAUAACAUGUCCCAUGUACUUGACCCGACUACUACAGUGCUGUAUCUUGUUUGGACUAAAUCUUACUCUUUUUCUAGCUCAUACUACCAUAAUUAGAAAUAUCAAACUGGCAUUGAUUGAGAUUUUUUGAUAUAUCUAAUUUUUGAAAAAUAAACUUUGGAAUUACAUUAACAUAUGCUUCCGCCUCGAGUUUAAAUUUAAGUGUCUUAUUACAAUCAAGAAUUUUUAGCGUGGUAAACCAAUUGUUUUCUAAUUUUAAAUAAUUAAUUUCAAUUCCGCCAAGAACAUACAUUCAUCAUUUCCAUUUUCUAUAGCAUUUACAAAUUUUAAACGACAUUUUUUUGCAAAAUGACCUAUUUUUUACAUUCAAGCAUUCCUUACCGCUUGCCGGAAAAAGUUUUUUGUAUGAUACAAACCGCAUCGUUGGCAACCUGAUCUCGAUGAUGUUGGUUGUUGGCUCUUUUGUCAUGUUGGCUGUACUGAUUUCUUGAAGCAUUUUGCGUACCUCCUGAUCGUUGUUGUGUGUGUCCUUGUUGAAUUGUUUGAGCACCUGGUUUCUUCUUUGGUUGCAACUGCUUUCGAACUGCAUUUACCGACACCUUGUUGGUAUUGUCCGUCAUUGUCUUUAUGUGAGUCUGCUUCCUCUGCGACUUUGCAAAUUUUGAUUGUCUUAUCUAACGUGAGGUUUAUUUCGCAAAGAACCCUCUCCUUAACCCUUUGCUCGUGAACACUCACGAUUCGAACUUGGAUCAAACGAUAUUUAAGAUUGCCGAAAUUACAGUACGCGGUUGAUCCGGAGUUUAGGGUGGCACGGUUUCUUUGGUUUAUGGAUUCGGUUUACUAAAGGGGAAUCGACUCACCGAACUGAAUCCUUGUUUAUUAUUCGCGUGUUGUAAUGUUCAUUAUGUUAUCGCAAAUAUAAUUUCUAUUUCACAAUUACGUGCUACUUAAACUUUGAUUACUACUCAAAGCCAAUAUUUUAUUACUAAAAAAAGCAACUUGUCUUCACUUUUGUAUACGCUGUAGAUUCCAGUGUAUUUCACUAACACUUUCUACUUAAACUUUUAUUAUUGGGGGCUAUCGACCCCCCCCCCGAUUUUAAUAAUGUAAAAUCAACCGUCUUUUUUACAAACAAAUACUAUAUGUUAAAGAUAGCACUAUUUUAUAAGAAAAAAAUCAACUCACAUAAUCGCUGAAAUUAUAGAACUUUUUUAGUAUUAAAAAUACUAUAGGAGUAAAAUUAGUGUAACGGCUCUGCACUAAUUAUGUAGAACAUCCUUAUAAUACGAAAAACUACAAUGAUUCAUCAACGUAUCUCCAAAUCUACUUAUAUCUGAAAAAAUGCACUCUCUUUACUUUUAUGAACCGAAGUUGAGUAAAUUAAUAAAGACUCCUCUCAAACGAAGAAUCUUUUCACAUUGACAUUUUCACUCCAUGACCAUUCUCGCCUCUGAUCCUACAAAUCCACUUAUAACAAUCUGUUCUAUCCUCUCAGUAAAUUUCAUAUUCUAGCAUAUCAUACAUUACAUACACUCGAGACGCAAGCAAACCCACUUUCUGACACCAUUGGAUGACAUUCAAACUUCCUCCCGGCGCAAAUCAUAAAUAAAUCCUGAUUUCAUACCUUCAAUCUCUGUAGAUACACAAAACUAUUAAAAGACAACUUGAAAUGCGAAAAAAAAAACGCAAGUCCACGCCAACAAAUUCUGUAGAAGCUUAUACAACAAUUUAUGAAGUAAAUUUUGUUGUCAUAGUAACAACUAAAUGUGUUAUUAGGAGGCUGUUUAAUUAAUAAAUCAAGUCUAUAUUUAAGUUCAAUCAGCGAGCAAAAAUCUUAUUUUGAGCUUAGUUUUUUUAUGAGUGUUAUGAAAUGUAAUUUUAAAUGUGAAUUGAAAUUUACAAUGUGUCGUCAAAUGUUAUAGUGUUGAAAAAGUGUUUCGUAAUAGCAAAAUGUAUAGCUUCAUAUAGCACCGGUUCGUAGUCAUAUUGUGUAUAUUUUAUGCUUUGACUGAAGAAAAUUAAUCAAUGCCAUCAAAAUUAUUCUCUAGUGAAAAAGCGAACCGCGCAACAUAGAGUAGAGAUAUCUCUCCUCUAUGCCGCGCAACUAUAAUCUUGUGAAUCACGAGAAAUAGUGAAUCAAAGGAACCGUGCCACUUAAACUCCGGAUCAACCCAGCUCGCUGCAAACUUUCUCAGUUCUGUAAGAUACUGAUCAAAACAUUCAUUUAAACCUUGCACACGCGUAUUAAUCUUGACUUCGACACUUCUAUUUUUUGUGGUAAAAGAAAUCCAAUUUACUCAACGGUUUCUUUGCUUCUUUAGUCAAUGUUAAAGGGUUGAAAAUAUCGGCGACACAUUCACCAGCACAAUGCAACAAAACAACUGCAAGUUCGAUUUCUUCAUCCUUUUUGUUGGUGCCCGUUACAACACAAUAUACCUGGAAACUGUUUAUGAAUUUUUGCCUGUUGAUUCCAAGAUCACCUUUCAUGGCCAUCGGCUUAAGAAACUUAAGCGAUUCAAUUGUUUGCCUGUAUGUUCUUUGUUCGAAUUAUCUGUCUUAUUGGCAUUGAAUUAUAUCAGACUUUUUAUUUUGUUGAUUUUGCAUUCGAAACUGUAGUUAAGAACUUACCGUACUUACGACUGCUCCAUGUUAUGAUUAAACAAACCCUUGUUUCUUUAAUACAAUGUAAAAUGUCUAUUGAGAAAACCAGUACAUACCUUAUGUUGACUUGUUACAUGUGUACUGAGCUUUGGACUAUUGCGCAGUACGGCGACUCCGUGUAAUAUUGCUAUUGCUGAACUAACAUACAUCAACCCCAAGCUCUCAGUCUCGCUUACG